AUGACAGCCACAAACAUUCUUGAUCAUCCUUUAAGGUCCCAUCAAGCAAAGAUUGGAGGAUUGCCUGACUGGCCAUUCCCCGAAAUGUUUCUCAGGCCUGAUCUGAUAAAAUGCGUUUUGUGCGGUGAAAGGCUCUGCCUUCUUGCACAGGUAUAUGCUCCUAUUAAAUUGCCAAAAUUGAAUGUUGACGAAAGAGUCAUCUAUGUCUUUGGCUGUUUGACGAAAAAAUGCGGGAGUAGCCCUAAAUGCUGGCGAGCACUUCGCAUGCGAAAGUGCAAUAGCGAGAAGACUCUCAAUGGCAUCUGUGAAGAUUCCAAACCUUCUGCAAACUGCAAUGGGGAUGAGAAAAACAUGGUUAGGGGUAACGAUGGAAGUGUUGAGAAGAACUUGGUGAGUGGCGAUGAAGAAAGUGUUGAGGAGGAAUAUGAUGAUUUAUACUUUGAUGAAUUGGCUCGGGAACUUUCUGAAGCUUGCUCACAAGCUUCUCGGUCCAAGAAACCAAAUGGCUCCUUGAUUUUAGGAUCUAAUAAGACGAGUAUGAGAUCUGAGUCAACACUAAAUGGCAUAAACUCAAGCAUACCAGUGGUUCCUUGCUUUUAUAUAUAUACUCAGGAAGAUCGAUCCGUUGGUGAAGUUGCUGCUGUUUGUGCCAAUUAUGCCAAACUUUCUGUUAAACAAGAAGAUGAUUCUAAUAAUGAUAAAGAUGAUGAAGUUUGGGAAGGAGAGGGAUAUGAAUAUGAUAAGGCUUUGGGUGCUGAUAGAACUUUUUUGAAGUUCAAAAAACGGAUGGAUGCAUAUCCGGAGCAAUGUUUUAGGUGCUUUUAUAUCUGCCAUUUGCCCGCUUUUAACAUUUCAUGCUCACUCCAUUGGUUUCGCCUCAUGGCGAACCCUAACUUUCAGCUACACGGAUCUCCCAUCUGCUACACAGAUCUCUCUUGUGUUUCUAUUCCCCUGCUUCAUCUUCGUCGACGUUGUCUUUCCAGACGACGAGGCAGGCUCGAGUUUUUGCACUUCUUUCCAGACGACGUUCUCGUCUGUUCACGACAACUCCUUCGCGGUCCUCGCAAUUCCGCGCCUCGUCUCGGUCUGGCGGCAGAGCUGCUGCUCUGCUCACAAAGUUGCAACUGCGUUCUCGUCUACCGUUCUAUCCCUUCUUUUGCGACAUUUCCUCACAGAGUGACUGACAACGGCCAAGAUGAAUGGAAUUGGAUGACCAUGCUUGUGUACACCUGUUCUAGUAACUGCUGUCCCCAUUCGUGCGCAGAAGAGCCGGGCAACUGUUGCUGGGCUGUGGCUGAAGAGGUAAUCAUAAUCCAGGAUGAUUAGUUUUCUUAACAUUGUAAGUUUCUUAACAGCUAAGUUGCAGUUUACUAAGAAAUUAGUGGCAGCUUCUCUCCGUUUUAUGGGUCUGUUUGGGGGCAAUUGUAGCUUGUCCUGAUUGCUUAUCCUUAUAAGCUACUGAUCAACAGCUAAUUCAAAUAAGCUGGCUGGCUAUUUGUUUGUGCAUUUGGAAAUCAUUUGAUUUGCAGCUGCUCCUGGAUAAAUGAUCAUUCUGCUCCUGAUCUGGAUAAACUGUCUAGUUGUUUGCUUUGUGAGUUUGAAAAACUGUUGAUUUGCAGUUGUUUCUUGAUAAUGAUCAUUCUGUCACUGUGCAGUUGUGUUGUUUGCAACAAAAUUGUUAUGACUAUAUAUUUGAUAGUUUAUAACCCAAAAUACAUUUCAUAGCAGACGGUGACUUCUUCAAGUGGGCAGACAGUUCGACUGAUUCCACUGCCGAUAGUGAUCGGGGUCCGAUGACAUCCCUACAGGACAACAUUGCUCAUGACAUGCUAUAUUAGUUGGGUUUUAAACUAUCAAAUGUAUAACCAUAAUCAUUCUGUUGCAAAUAGCACGACUGCAAAAUGACAAAAUGGUCAUUUAUCUAGAAACAACUACAAAUCAGCUGUUUUUCAAACGCAUAAAUCAAACAGUUAGACAACUUGUCCAGAUCAGGGGCGUAAUAAUCAAUUAUCUAAAAACAACUGCAAAUCUGUUGUUUUCCAAACGCACAAACCAAAUCGCCAGCCAACUUAUCCGGACUAGCUGCCGAUCAGCAGCUUAUCAGAGUAAGCUGC